AUGGCCCGCGCCCAGGCGCUCUUCCUGGCGCUUACCUUCCAGCUCUGCGCGCCCGAAACCGAGACUCCGGCAGCUGGCUGCACCUUCGAGGAGGCGAGUGACCCAGCAGUGCCCUGCGAGUACAGCCAGGCCCAGUACGAUGACUUCCAGUGGGAGCAAGUGAGGAUCCACCCGGGCACGCGGGCCCCUGCAGACUUGCCCCACGGUGCCUACUUGAUGGUCAAUGCUUCCCAGCACGCCCCAGGCCAGCGGGCCCAUGUCAUCUUCCAGAGCUUAAGCGAGAACGACACCCACUGUGUGCAGUUCAGCUACUUCCUGUACAGUCGAGAUGGCCACAGCCCUGGUACCCUGGGCGUCUAUGUGCGUGUUAACGGGGGCCCCCUGGGCAGCGCUGUCUGGAAUAUGACUGGAUCCCAUGGCCGUCAGUGGCACCAGGCUGAGCUGGCUGUCAGCACCUUCUGGCCCAAUGAAUAUCAGGUGCUGUUUGAGGCCCUCAUCUCCCCAGACCGCAGGGGCUACAUGGGCCUAGAUGACAUCCUGCUUCUCAGCUACCCCUGCGCAAAAGCCCCGCACUUCUCUCGCCUUGGCGAUGUGGAGGUCAAUGCCGGCCAGAACGCGUCUUUCCAGUGUAUGGCGGCAGGACGGGCUGCUGAGGCGGAGCGCUUCCUUCUCCAGCGGCAGAGUGGGGCGCUGGUGCCCGCGGCCGGUGUGCGGCACAUCAGCCACCGGCGCUUUCUGGCCACCUUCCCGCUGGCCGCGGUCAGCCGCGCAGAGCAGGACCUGUACCGCUGCGUGUCCCAGGCCCCGCGCGGCGCGGGUGUCUCUAACUUCGCGGAGCUCAUCGUCAAGGAGCCCCCCACUCCCAUCGCACCCCCGCAGCUGCUGCGUGCGGGCCCCACCUAUCUUAUCAUCCAGCUCAACACCAACUCCAUCAUCGGCGAUGGGCCGAUUGUGCGCAAGGAGAUUGAGUACCGCAUGGCGCGUGGCCCAUGGGCCGAGGUGCAUGCAGUCAGCCUGCAGACCUACAAGCUGUGGCACCUUGACCCUGACACCGAGUAUGAGAUCAGUGUGCUGCUCACGCGUCCUGGAGAUGGCGGCACUGGCCGCCCAGGUCCUCCACUCCUCAGCCGGACCAAGUGUGCAGAGCCCAUGCGGGCACCCAAAGGCCUGGCUUUCGCUGAGAUCUUGGCUCGCCAGCUGACCCUGCAGUGGGAACCGCUGGGCUACAACGUGACACGCUGCCACACCUACACUGUGUCCCUGUGCUAUUACUACACCCUGGGCAGCAGCCACAACCAGACCGUCCGCGAGUGUGUCAAGAUGGAGCGGGGCGUCAACCGCUACACCAUCAAGAACCUGCUGCCCUACCGGGACGUCCACGUGCGCCUGGUCCUCACUAACCCCGAGGGGCGCAAGGAGGGCAAGGAGGUCACCUUUCAGACUGACGAGGAUGUGCCUGGUGGGAUUGCGGCUGAGUCCCUGACCUUCACGCCACUGGAGGACAUGAUCUUCCUCAAGUGGGAGGAGCCCCAGGAACCCAACGGCCUCAUCACUCAGUAUGAGAUCAGCUACCAGAGCAUCGAGUCCUCAGACCCUGCAGUGAACGUGCCGGGUCCCCGGCGUACCAUCUCCAAGCUCCGCAAUGAGACCUACCACGUCUUCUCGAACCUGCACCCAGGCACCACCUACCUGUUCUCCGUGAGGGCUCGCACGGGCAAAGGCUUUGGCCAGGCAGCGCUCACUGAGAUCACCACCAACAUCUCGGCUCCCAGCUUUGACUAUGCUGACAUGCCGGCACCUCUGGGCGAGUCGGAGAACACCAUCACCGUGCUCCUGAGGCCUGCACAGGGCCGUGGUGCGCCUAUCAGCGUGUACCAGGUAAUUGUGGAGGAGGAUCGGCCGCGGCGGCUGCGGCGGGAGCCAGGUGGCCAGGACUGCUUCCCAGUGCCUCUGACCUUCGAGGCAGCGCUGGCUCGUGGCCUAAUGCACUACUUUGGGGCCGAACUGGCGGCUAGCAGUCUGCCUGAGGCCAUGCCCUUCACCGUGGGUGACAACCAGACCUACCGUGGUUUUUGGAAUCCACCACUUGAGCCCAGGAAGGCCUACCUCAUCUACUUCCAGGCAGCAAGCCACCUGAAAGGGGAAACCCGGCUGAACUGCAUCCGAAUCGCCAGGAAAGCUGCCUGCAAGGAAAGUAAGCGGCCCCUGGAGGUGUCGCAGAGGUCGGAGGAGAUGGGCCUCAUCCUGGGCAUCUGUGCAGGGGGACUUGCUGUCCUCAUCCUCCUCCUGGGGGCCAUCAUUGUCAUCAUCCGCAAGGGGAGAGACCGCUAUGCCUACUCCUACUACCCGAAGCCAGUGAACAUGACCAAGGCCACCGUCAACUACCGCCAGGAGAAGACGCACAUGAUGAGCGCUGUGGACCGGAGCUUCACAGACCAGAGCACCCUGCAGGAGGACGAGCGGCUGGGCCUGUCCUUCAUGGACGCCCCUGGCUACAGCCCCCGGGGAGACCAGCGCAGCAUUGGAGUCACCGAGGCCAGCAGCCUCCUGGGGGGCUCACCACGGCGUCCGUGUGGCCGGAAGGGCUCCCCGUACCACACGGGGCAGCUGCACCCUGCAGUGCGGGUGGCCGACCUUCUGCAACACAUCAACCAGAUGAAGACAGCUGAGGGCUAUGGCUUCAAGCAGGAGUACGAGAGCUUCUUUGAGGGCUGGGACGCCACCAAGAAGAAGGACAAGCUGAAGGGAGGCCGGCAGGAGCCUGUGCCUGCCUAUGACCGGCACCGCGUGAAGCUCCACCCGAUGCUGGGAGACCCCAGUGCCGACUACAUUAAUGCCAACUACAUCGACGGUUACCACAGGUCAAACCACUUCAUAGCCACACAAGGGCCAAAGCCCGAGAUGAUCUAUGACUUCUGGCGCAUGGUGUGGCAGGAGCACUGCUCAAGCAUCGUCAUGAUCACCAAGCUGGUGGAGGUGGGCAGGGUAAAGUGCUCACGGUAUUGGCCAGAGGACUCAGACAUGUACGGGGACAUCAAGAUCACACUGGUGAAGACGGAGACGCUGGCUGAGUACGUGGUGCGCACCUUUGCCCUGGAGAGGAGGGGCUACUCUGCCCGGCAUGAGGUCCGCCAGUUCCACUUCACAGCAUGGCCAGAGCACGGUGUCCCCUACCAUGCCACCGGGCUGCUGGCCUUUAUCCGGCGCGUGAAGGCCUCCACCCCACCCGAUGCCGGGCCCAUCGUCAUCCACUGCAGCGCUGGCACUGGCCGCACAGGUUGUUACAUCGUCCUGGAUGUGAUGCUGGACAUGGCGGAGUGUGAGGGUGUCGUGGACAUUUACAACUGCGUGAAGACCCUCUGCUCCCGGCGCGUCAACAUGAUCCAGACCGAGGAGCAGUACAUCUUCAUCCAUGAUGCAAUCCUGGAGGCCUGCCUGUGUGGGGAGACCACCAUCCCUGUCAACGAGUUCAAGGCCACGUACAAGGAGAUGAUCCGCAUUGACCCUCAGAGCAAUUCCUCCCAGCUGCGGGAAGAGUUCCAGACGCUGAACUCUGUCACGCCGCCGCUGGACGUGGAGGAGUGCAGCAUCGCGCUGCUACCCCGGAACCGCGACAAGAACCGCAGCAUGGACGUCCUGCCGCCGGACCGCUGCCUGCCCUUCCUCAUCUCCACCGACGGGGACCCCAAUAACUACAUCAACGCAGCCCUGACUGAUAGCUACACGCGGAGUGCGGCCUUCAUCGUGACCCUGCACCCCCUGCAGAGCACCACCCCCGACUUCUGGCGCCUGGUCUACGACUACGGGUGCACCUCCAUCGUCAUGCUCAACCAGCUGAACCAGUCCAACUCCGCCUGGCCCUGCCUGCAGUACUGGCCGGAGCCUGGCCGGCAGCAGUAUGGCCUCAUGGAGGUAGAGUUUGUAUCAGGCACCGCGGAUGAGGACUUGGUGGCCCGAGUGUUCCGGGUGCAGAACAUCUCUCGGCUGCAGGAGGGGCACCUGCUGGUGCGGCACUUCCAGUUCCUGCGCUGGUCUGCCUACCGGGACACGCCUGACUCCAAGAAGGCCUUCCUGCACCUGCUGGCUGAGGUGGACAAGUGGCAGGCAGAGAGUGGGGACGGACGCACCAUCGUCCACUGCCUAAACGGAGGAGGCCGCAGCGGCACCUUCUGCGCCUGCGCCACGGUCCUGGAGAUGAUCCGCUGCCACAGCCUGGUGGAUGUUUUCUUUGCUGCCAAAACGCUUCGGAACUAUAAACCCAAUAUGGUGGAGACAAUGGAUCAGUACCACUUUUGCUACGAUGUGGCCCUGGAGUACCUGGAGGCUCUGGAGUCAAGAUAG